AUGGAUUCAUUGAAACUUCCAACAACCGCCGCUAACGCCCAGGCGUUCACAGCUCCAGGCUCCUUAUCUAUGCCACAAGGCAUACAUGACCCUAACAAUGGCAUGAUUAAGAAGGAUGAAAAUUCCGAGCUUGGCAUCAAGGAACCCAACGCUGAUGAUGCGGAUGGAGCUAUGUCGGGUAUCGUGCCCACACUUCAAAACAUCGUUGCAACGGUGAAUUUGGACUGUCGUUUGGACUUGAAGACCAUUGCCUUGCAUGCACGUAACGCUGAGUACAACCCAAAGCGUUUUGCUGCCGUCAUCAUGAGAAUCAGAGAGCCGAAAACAACCGCGCUUAUUUUCGCCUCUGGUAAGAUGGUCGUUACAGGUGCAAAGUCUGAAGAUGAUUCCAAAUUGGCAUCUAGAAAGUAUGCCCGUAUUAUCCAAAAGUUGGGCUUCAAUGCCAAGUUUACUGACUUCAAAAUCCAAAAUAUCGUUGGUUCGUGCGAUGUGAAAUUCCCAAUUAGACUUGAAGGUCUUGCCUUCUCGCACGGUACUUUCUCGUCGUACGAGCCGGAAUUAUUCCCUGGUUUGAUUUAUAGAAUGGUGAAACCAAAGAUUGUUCUUUUGAUAUUUGUUUCUGGCAAAAUCGUCUUGACAGGUGCAAAGCAAAGAGAAGAGAUCUAUGCCGCAUUUGAAGCCAUAUACCCGGUGUUGAGUGAGUUCCGUAAACAGUGA